ACGGUUUCAAAUUUCCUGCGGCAAACCAACGCAAGAAUUUACUGGGGUGGGAAGUGUUAUACUGCAUUGCUGAUUUUUAUACUGGGAUUGCCUCAUAAAGGACCAUGAGCGAUACCAAAGGACCAAUAAUUGCCGCGCGGGAAACAGGGCCUGGACCUGGACGAUAUGCUCUGCCAUCAACAUGUGGCUACAACAAGCAUGAUAUUACCAAGUGGAUGAACCCAGCUUAUUCAUUUGGACAGAAGCUGGAGAGCAGUAUGUUUAAAAAAGAUAGCAGCCCUGGCCCGGGCUAUAUGGUACAUCCUUCAAUUACUCGAUAUGGUAAAGAUGGCACCCCAUCAUAUUCAAUUCUAGGGAGACAGAAAGAUCCAAAUGUUUUUAAAACACCAGCGCCCGGUGCUUAUUCCCCUGAAAAGGUGCACCCACAAGGUGAACGCCAUGCACCCGCAUAUUCAAUGAGACAACGAACACGAUAUAGGAAACGUGACACCACACCUGCUCCAAAUUCGUAUAGCCUGCCUUCACUUAUUGGAAGUAAAAUUCCAGAUAAACCUGCUUCAGCAGCUUUUUCUAUGACGGGGAGGUCGAAAACAGGAAGUUUUGCUGAAGAUCUUGCCAAAACACCUGGUCCUGGUAACUAUCAAAUGUUGGAGCCAAAUGUGACAAAACGAAAAGCGCCCGCCUAUUCUAUACUUGGCCGUAGUUACAUGCCUGGAGAUUCAACACAGAAACCUGGACCUGGAGCUCACUGUCCCGAAAAAGUAUCUGGAAACAAACGAACCGCUCCUUCCUUUUCCCUGGGCAUAAGACAUUCUGAAUAUAUUACCCCUUUGAUUAUUGAUGUAACCGACUAAAUGUAGAUUUUAAAGUAAAUUUUUGUAUAUAUUUAAUUUGUACAGUCAAUUUAUUAGUCUAAAAUCUACGUUUUUUCUUCAACCUUUUGCGAAAUUUCAAAAUGCUUCCUGCCAAAUUGAGUAUAUACAACAUGUUUGAGAUUAUCUUCAGAUUGUUAUGUGUUUGGUGUUAGGAAAAUAUUAGUGUGGUGCCUUCAAGUAUUAUUUUUUUUUUUUACUUGUGAUUUUUACUGAUUAUAUAUAUAUUUUUUAAUUUUCCACUGCAAAGACAAAAUAUCAACAAUUUUUAUGAAUGA